AUGGCCAAUGAGAAUCACGGAAGCCCUGCGGAGGAAGCAUCUCUAAUGAGUCACUCACCUGGCACUUCCAACCAGAACCAGCCCAGCUCCCCCAAACCAAUGCGACUGGUGCAGGACCUCCCAGAUGAGCUGGUGCAGGCUGGCUGGGAGAAGUGCUGGAGCAAACGGGAGAAUCGCCCUUACUACUUCAACCGCUUCACCAACCAGUCUCUGUGGGAAAUGCCUGUUCUGGGACAGCAUGAUGUCAUUUCAGACCCUCUGGGAUUGAAUGCGGCUCCUAUGCCACUGGAAGGUGGAAUGGUAGAGACCUCCGUGGACAGCAAGCAAAGGAAAAGGAGGUUCUCUGAGGAGGUUCCCCCGAGUGGCAACAGUGUGAAAAAGCCCAAGGUGGAUGUUCCGGGGAACCCAGCCGCUCAGCCAGUCCCCAUCUCUCCCAGUAUUCCAGGAACCUCUGUUUUGAAGGCCUGGUGCGUUUCACCUGAAGAUAAACAGCAGGCGGCUCUUCUACGACCAACUGAAGUAUACUGGGACCUGGAUAUUCAGACAAAUGCAGUGAUUAAGCAGAGGGCACCAUCUGAAGUGCUCUCUCCACACCCCGAGGUGGAGCUGCUUCGAUCCCAGCUCAUUCUCAAGCUGCGGCAACAUUAUCGUGAGCUCUGCCAGCAGCGAGAAGGGAUUGACCCCCCAAGGGAGUCUUUUAACCGCUGGAUGUUGGAAAGGAAGGUGGUUGAUAAAGGGACAGACCCUCUUUUACCGAGUGACUGCGAGCCAGUAGUGUCUCCUUCCAUGUUCAGAGAAAUCAUGAAUGACAUUCCCAUCAGGCUAUCCAGAAUCAAGUUCCGGGAGGAAGCCAAGAGACUGCUCUUCAAGUACGCUGAGGCUGCAAAACGGCUUAUUGAAUCCAGGAGUGCAUCGCCAGACAGCAGGAAAGUGGUGAAAUGGAAUGUGGAGGACACCUUCAGCUGGCUGCGACGGGACCAUUCUGCUUCCAAGGAGGAUUACAUGGACCGCCUGGAGCACUUACGCAAGCAGUGUGGGCCCCAUGUGUCUGCUGCAGCAAAGGACUCUGUUGAAGGCAUCUGCAGUAAGAUUUACUACAUAUCCCUUGAAUACGUCAAGCGCAUCCGGGAGAAGCAUCUUGCCAUCCUCAAAGAGAACAAUAUAUCUGCUGAGAUAGAAGCUCCUGAAGUCCAGGACAGGCUUGUGUACUGUUACCCAGUGCGACUGGCCAUCCCCUCCCCACCACUCCCCAGUGUGGAAAUGCACAUGGAAAACAAUGUGGCAUGUGUGCGGUACAAGGGGGAAAUGGUGAAAGUGAGCCGCAACUACUUCAGCAAGCUGUGGCUUCUCUAUCGGUACAGUUGCAUUGAUGACUCUGGCUUUGAAAAGUUUCUGCCCAGGGUUUGGUGCCUUCUCCGUCGAUACCAGAUGAUGUUUGGUGUGGGUCUGUAUGAAGGAACUGGCCUUCAGGGGGCACUGCCCGUGCACGUCUUUGAAGCCCUCCACAAGCUCUUUGGAGUGAGUUUUGAAUGCUUUGCCUCGCCUCUGAAUUGCUAUUUUAAACAGUACUGUUCGGCCUUCUUGGAUACAGACGGGUAUUUUGGAUCCAGGGGCCCGUGCCUGGAUUUCUUCCCUAUAAGUGGGUCUUUUGAGGCAAAUCCUCCGUUCUGUGAGGAGCUGAUGGACGCCAUGGUCUCUCACUUUGAGAAAUUGCUGGAGAGCUCCAGUGAGCCCCUCUCCUUCAUUGUCUUCAUCCCGGAGUGGAGGGACCCUCCUACACCAGCCCUGACCCGCAUGGAGCAGAGCAAGUUCAAGCGGCACCAGCUCAUCCUGUCAGCCUUUGAUCACGAAUACCGCAGCGGGUCUCAGCAUGUCUGCAAAAAAGAGGAGAUGUACUACAAGGCUGUGCACAACACCGCCGUCCUCUUCCUGCAGAACAGCGCAGGCUUUGCCAAGUGGGAGCCCACACCGGAGCGGCUGCAGGAGCUCGUUGCGGCCUACAAGCAUUCGGGCAGGACCCUCAGCUCCUCGUCCUCUUCCUCCUCCUCCUCCUCCUCCUCCUCCGCAGACAAGGAGCGGGAGCUGGGCCGCGAGCAAAGCAGCAGCCGGGAGACUAAUGCCAACUGAGGUGCAGAGGUGAGAGGCAGCAGGGGAGGAGUUCUUUGGUGUGUAAAGACGUCUUUGCAGCUGUUUUGUAGUCAUUGUGGUUUUUAUGCGGCGACUCCGGGCUGUAUUUAACCUCCUUGGGUUUUGUUUUGUAAGGAUUAAUUUAACACCGCUAACCAUUUUAUUACUUUUAUCAAGAAGA